CGGAAGUCAAACCGUCUACUCCACCUGGCUUGAGAGUUUGCAUACAGAACGUGCGCUGUCGCUGACUUCCGUGAUAUCGCCUGAACUCCAAACGGCCGCAGGUCGUGCAGUUUGUUUCGGCUGGCUGAUGUCUUUUUCAGUAGCCCGUCUUUGAACUACCACAGCGGAGCUCGUCGUAGUAGCCGCUGCGAGGAGUGUGCGUGUGUUCAUCCGAAAAGUUGAGUAUAAACCCAAUACAAACCAGUUGUGUGUAAGAAUUCCGACUCAUAUUAAUCCACGUAGAUUUAUAUGACCACGGCGAGUUUUGCAAAGAUAACGUUAGUGCUGUUCUAACUGUCCUCUGGACGAGAGAGCGGUAACGUUAACCGACCACCCGGCUGGGAAUUCAAAGUGAAGGAUGUUGGUAGUAAAGUCAGCACACACCGUGUAACCACCAUGAGUCUACGAGAGAUCAGCGAGAAUGUGAAGCUGGCCCGUGAAUACGCAUUGCUGGGAAACUACAGCUCGGCCAGUGUUCUCUAUCAUGGAUUGCUAGAACAAAUCAAGAAGUAUGUGUACACCGUGCGGGACAGCAGCUUUCAGCAGAGAUGGCAGCAGUUGUGGCAAGAAAUUAGUGAAGAGAAUCGUCAAGUUCAGGACAUAAUGUCGACUCUGGAGAACUUUCAGCUGGACACAACAGCCGCUAAACCCAAUUACCAGGAUGAUUGUGAAGUAAGGCCUGUGCACGUGGAACAGAGACAUUCUCCCUGUCCCGUCAGGCGGCCUGCUAACCCCUAUAAAGACAGCAAACCUCCCAACAACCGCCUGAGCGUGGCUGUGAGGGCCCAGCAGAGGCACUCGCCUCGCGGGGCCAACGGGGACAGAAGCAAACCCUCCAAGGGCAAAGAAAAGAAGGAGGCAAAGGAGGCCGCUGGCAAAGCAAAGGAUGAUAAGAACAAAGCAGAUGUCCAGGAGAAAGAAGUGAAAAAGUUUGACGGGACGGGAUAUGAUAAAGACCUUGUGGAAGCUCUGGAGAGAGAUAUUAUAUCUCAGAAUCCAAAUGUGAAAUGGGACGAUAUUGCAGACUUGGAAGAUGCAAAAAAACUCCUGAAAGAAGCGGUCGUGUUGCCGAUGUGGAUGCCAGCAUUUUUCAAAGGCAUACGAAGACCAUGGAAGGGAGUGCUUAUGGUCGGACCUCCAGGCACAGGGAAAACACUUUUGGCCAAAGCAGUUGCUACCGAGUGCAGAACCACAUUCUUCAACGUCUCCUCAUCUACUCUCACCUCCAAGUACAGAGGGGAGUCUGAGAAGUUAGUUCGCCUUCUCUUUGAAAUGGCACGUUUUUACGCUCCCACUACGAUCUUCAUUGAUGAAAUUGACUCCAUGUGCAGCCGCAGAGGGACGUCAGAGGAACAUGAGGCCAGCCGCAGAGUCAAGGCAGAGCUACUGGUGCAGAUGGAUGGUGUCGGUGGAGCAUCAGAAAACGAUGACCCAUCCAAGAUGGUGAUGGUGCUGGCUGCCACCAACUUCCCAUGGGACAUCGAUGAGGCUCUGAGAAGACGGCUGGAGAAGAGGAUCUACAUCCCUCUGCCUUCAACCAAAGGGCGAGUGGAGCUGCUCAGGAUCAACCUGAAGGAGCUGGAGCUGGCCAGCGAUGUGGACUUGGACAAGAUCGCAGAGCAGAUGGAGGGUUACUCAGGAGCCGACAUUACCAACGUGUGCAGGGAUGCCUCUCUGAUGGCCAUGAGGCGAAGAAUCGAGGGCCUCACGCCAGAGGAGAUACGCAACAUUUCCCGGGACGAGAUGCACAUGCCCACCACCAUGGAGGACUUUGAGUCAGCUCUGAAGAAAGUUUCCAAAUCUGUGUCUGCAACCGACCUGGAGAAGUAUGAAAAAUGGAUCGAAGAGUUUGGGUCCUGCUGAGAAAACACCAGCAUCCGAGUUGUCUUUGUCCGAAUGUGCGACUGUUGUGAGGCUGAGCUGUAGGGAAAUGGUGAGUUUUAGUACUGACUGUGUGUCAGGUUGUGGCUGUGUAUUUUUCUGAAUCCUUCAGGUGAUAUUGAAGAUAUGAAGUAGGUUUAUUACUUUAGGUAAAUAUGUGCACAUUAUGUUGAUGUUAUGCAAAAGUCUUAAUCUAAAAAGGUGACUGAAGAGUCAACUUGAUGUGUGAAAAUAAUGACAUUUGUUACAUGUUUUAAUGAUUCUGAAAUCAUCAAACGUGUUCAACAUGUGAGACAAAAUUAACUUUAGCUGUUAGAAAACUGACAAAUCUGUUUGCUGCAACACCGACAGUACAGAUGUUUCACUGCUACUGUGUCAUAAUAUUUGCUUGUACCAUUGUGCCUGGCCAUGAUACUAAGCUAACUGCCAAUCAGAUGUUACUCCUUUUUUUUUUAUGCACUUGAUUUUAUUUGGAACCGUGUGGUUCUUUCACAUUUUUGGAGGUAUAUUCUUAUGAACAUAACACUAACAAGAUAUUUCUAUGAAUAAAGUUAACAAUGAUUAUGGAUAUUAA